AACACCCACGACCCCCUCUCGUUCCUUCAUUCUUCUCCUCACACUUUACCAUCUCCCGCUCCCUCUCUCUCUCGUUCCCUCUCUGUUCUGCUCGGCCCGUCGGCCAUUGCCGCUAACCAAGCUUGAGGGCAGCGAUGAGGAACUCGGUGUCGGAUCAGAGCUUCGCCAUGGAGAGCGACGACGAGGAGCACCAGCUGGGCGGCAGCGAGGAGGAGUCGGACGGGUCGUCGUCGUGCGGGAGCCCGCGGCCGCGGGUGGUCGAGGCCGCCGGCGGUGGCCACCCUGGCUCCUACGCCAGCCACCAGUGGCCGCAGAGCUACAGGCAGUCGAUGGACAUUUACAGCAGCGUGCAGUCGCCGAGCCUGAGUGGGUUCCUGGGCACGCCCACGCUCAGCAGGCUCUCCAGCUCCUUCCUCGCCACCUCCUUCCGGGGGAAGCAACCACCGGAGAUCGUCAAGCCGCUCCUGCCCACCACCCUGAUCGCCGCCACCGAAGAUGACCAUGUCGAUGAUGCCCGGAAGAGCUCUCACCACUACCUGCCGCCGUCGAGGAAGGCGUCAUCCCUGUUCAAGAUCCCCGAGGACCAAAAGCCUGCUGGCGGUGGGGGUGGCCAUGAGGUGGGGCCCUACCGUCAGUGCUCCUACACCCAGGGCGUCAUGAACGGAGUGAAUGUCUUGUGUGGUGUGGGGAUCCUGUCAACACCUUAUGCCGUCAGGCAGGGUGGCUGGCUUGGGCUGGUGAUACUGGCCGUGCUCGCCGUGCUGGCGUGGUACACCGGCGUGCUCCUCCGGCGCUGCCUCGACAGCAAGGAAGGCCUCGAGACCUACCCGGACAUUGGCCACGCCGCAUUCGGCACGCCUGGUCGCAUUGUCAUCUCGAUAAUCCUGUACAUGGAACUGUAUGCUUGUUGCAUUGAGUAUCUGAUACUGGAGAGUGACAAUCUAUCAAAGUUGUUCCCCAAUGCACACCUGACUGUAUGGGGAUUCAGCCUGGAUGCCCAUGUGCUAUUCGCAAUCCUUACCACGCUCGUUGUCAUGCCGACAACUUGGCUUCGCGACCUCAGUUGUCUAAGCUUCAUUUCAGCUGGAGGAGUAAUCGCGUCGAUCGUCAUCGUCGCCUGCCUCUUUUGGGCAGGGCUUGUUGAUCAUGUCGGCGUCAACAAGAGCGAAGGGACGGCACUGAACCUCCCUGGAAUCCCCAUUGCCAUUGGCUUGUAUGGGUACUGCUACUCAGGGCAUGGGGUGUUCCCUAACAUCUACUCUUCUCUCAAGAAAAGCAACCAAUUCAACGCCGUUCUUUUCACAUGCAUCGCGUUAUCUACGGUUCUGUUCGCGGGUGCCGCGGUCAUGGGGUACAUAAUGUUUGGCGAAACAACGGAGUCUCAGUUCACACUGAACAUGCCCCCAAAUCUUAUGUCUUCCAAGAUUGCAGUCUGGACUACGGUGACAAAUCCAAUAACCAAAUAUGCACUUACUAUGACUCCUCUUGCCCUGAGUUUGGAAGAGCUGCUUCCUCUGAAUAGACAGACGUACGGGAACGUAAUUAUGCUCAGAUCAGCACUAGUGUUGUCUUCCCUUGGUGUUGCUCUAUCUGUUCCAUUCUUUGGACUUGUGAUGUCCCUAGUUGGGUCUCUUCUCACCAUGUUUGUGGCGUAUAUUCUACCUUGCGCAUGCUUUUUGGCCAUCCUAAGGAGUACAGUGACUUGGUAUCAGGUAAUACUAUGUGUGUUCAUCAUUGUCGUCGGUCUCUGUUGUGCCGGUGUUGGCACAUACUCCUCCCUUUCUAAGAUCAUCCAAAAUUAUCAGUAAAUCCUUGUGAAGCACUGUGAUUUGUAUGUACUAAAAGAUGAAUAUUUUACUUGUUUCUAGUGCUCUUUUUGGAAGACUUUGACAAAAAACAUGUGAUGUUAGAUAGGAUGUACCAUGAAAGGAGAAUCAGUAUGAGGUUGCUCUCCUGGCCGGAGUACCCCGAAAGCUUAGUGCAUCAAUUUUUUUAGUAAUGAUGAGGUUUGCAUCUUCAAUUGUGAUCCUCGUUUUCCAAUCUCUUUAAUUUGUGGCCUUUGAUGCAACAUUCGGUAAUUGUGAAGUUGAUAUACGCAGUUGUGAUCAUGUCUGCCAGAUUUACCAUAUACAUUUUUCUA